GCGGCGGUUCCUGGCCACGGUGUGUGUGGCUGCUGCGGCGCCCUUCGUCCCAGGUACAAGAGGCUGGUGGACAAUAUCUUCCCUGAAGAUCCUGAGGAUGGUCUGGUGAAGACCAACAUGGAGAAACUGACCUUCUAUGCCCUCUCGGCUCCAGAAAAACUGGAUCGAAUUGGUGCCUACCUCUCAGAGAGGCUCAUCCGAGACGUGGGUCGCCAUCGAUAUGGGUAUGUGUGUAUCGCCAUGGAGGCGCUGGACCAGCUACUCAUGGCCUGCCACUGCCAGAGCAUCAACCUCUUCGUGGAAAGCUUCCUUAAAAUGGUGGCCAAGCUGCUGGAGUCGGAGAAGCCGAACCUUCAGAUCCUGGGCACCAACUCGUUUGUGAAGUUCGCCAACAUUGAAGAGGACACCCCCUCCUAUCAUCGAAGCUAUGACUUCUUUGUGUCCCGAUUCAGUGAAAUGUGUCACUCAAGCCACGAUGACCUGGAAAUCAAGACUAAGAUUCGCAUGUCAGGCAUCAAAGGCCUGCAAGGGGUAGUGAGAAAAACGGUGAAUGAUGAGCUGCAGGCCAACAUCUGGGACCCACAGCACAUGGACAAGAUCGUCCCGUCGCUGCUUUUCAAUCUGCAGCACGUGGAAGAGGCAGAGAGCCGGUCUCCCUCGCCCCUCCAAGCACCAGAGAAGGAAAAGGAGAACCCAGCGGAACUGGCUGAGAGGUGCCUGAGAGAGCUGCUGGGCCGGGCCGCCUUUGGCAACAUCAAGAACGCCAUCAAGCCCGUUCUUAUCCAUCUGGAUAACCACUCUCUUUGGGAACCCAAGGUGUUUGCCACCCGUUGCUUUAAAAUCAUCAUGUACUCAAUUCAGCCGCAGCACUCCCACCUGGUUAUCCAGCAGCUCCUGAGCCACCUGGACGCCAACAGCCGCAGCGCGGCGACUGUGCGCGCCGGCAUCGUGGAAGUCCUAUCGGAAGCUGCAGUUAUCGCUGCCACGGGCUCUGUCGGGCCCACGGUACUGGAGAUGUUCAACACCCUGCUGCGGCAGCUGAGGCUCAGCAUCGACUACGCGCUAACCGGGAGCUACGACGGCGCUGUGAGCCUGGGCUCCAAGAUCAUCAAGGAGCAUGAGGAGCGCAUGUUCCAGGAGGCCGUCAUCAAAACUAUCGGCUCCUUUGCCAGCACACUGCCGACCUACCAGCGCUCAGAGGUGAUCCUCUUCAUCAUGAGCAAAGUCCCGCUGCCUUCCGUGCAUCACCCCGUAGAGACCGGACGGACGGGGGAAAAUAGGAACCGGCUGACCCAGAUCAUGUUGCUGAAGUCCCUCCUUCAGGUAUCCACAGGUUUCCAGUGCAACAACAUGAUGUCAGCCCUGCCCAGCAACUUUCUGGACCGCCUUCUCUCCACUGCCCUUAUGGAGGAUGCAGAAAUCCGCCUCUUCGUCUUAGAGAUUCUCAUCAGUUUCAUUGAUCGCCAUGGCAACCGCCACAAGUUCUCUACCAUCAGCACCCUUGGUGACAUCUCAGUCCUGAAGUUGAAAGUGGACAAGUGCUCCCGGCAGGACACUGUCUUCAUGAAGAAGCACUCCCAGCAGCUAUACAGGCACAUCUACCUGAGCUGUAAGGAGGAGACGAACAUCCAGAAGCACUACGAGGCACUCUACGGCCUGUUGGCCCUCAUCAGCAUCGAGCUGGCCAAUGAGGAGGUGGUGGUGGACCUCAUCCGACUGGUGCUGGCUGUUCAGGAUGUGGCCCAGGUCAACGAGGAGAACCUGCCUACCUACAACCGCUGUGCGCUCUACGCUCUGGGUGCAGCCUACCUGAACCUCAUCAGCCAGCUCACAACAGUGCCUGCCUUCUGCCAGCACAUCCACGAGGUGAUAGAGACCAGAAAGAAAGAGGCACCAUACAUGCUUCCUGAGGAUGUGUUUGUGGAAAGGCCCAGGCUGUCUCAGAAUCUAGAUGGUGUGGUGAUCGAGUUUCUCUUCCGCCAGAGCAAAAUCAGUGAGGUUCUGGGGGGCAGCGGCUACAAUUCGGACAGACUCUGCCUGCCCUACAUCCCUCAGCUGACAGAUGAAGAUCGCUUGUCCAAGAGGAAGAGCAUUGGAGAGACCAUUUCCCUUCAGGUAGAGGUGGAGUCCAGGAACAGCCCAGAGAAAGAGGAGCGAGUUCCUGCAGAAGAGAUCACAUAUGAGACACUGAAGAAGGCCAUUGUGGACAGUGUGGCGGUUGAGGAGCAGGAGCGUGAGCGGCGGAGACAGGUGGUAGAGAAAUUCCAGAAGGCGCCCUUUGAGGAAAUUGCAGCCCAUUGUGGGGCCCGGGCAUCACUGCUGCAGAGCAAACUCAACCAGAUCUUUGAAAUCACCAUCCGGCCCCCUCCAAGCCCUUCAGGAACCAUCAGCGCAGCCUACGGCCAGCCGCAGAACCACUCCAUCCCUGUCUAUGAGAUGAAGUUUCCCGAUCUGUGUGUAUACUGAACUCCAGGAGACAGAACUCCUUAGAGGACACAGUCUGCAGGAGGACCACCCCCCUGCUCACUCUCACCUUGGAAAUCUAGCUGGGAUAGCUAAGAACUAGUCACCUUGGACAAUGAGCAAAGGGGGAGUCUCUGGUCCUCUGUGCCCCUCCUUCCUCCUUGUCAUCUUCCGUGAGGAGGGUCCGGCCACCUGUCCUCUGGGCUAAUAAGCAUCUGACCUGUCUUCUCUUGUAUCAGCCAGGAACAGAGAAUCACAAGGAUGUCUCCAUUGAGAAGCAGAAGGGCCUGGGAAGCCUCCAGGGGGUGUGUGAGGGAGUGUCAGCCACUCCCACAGAAAGGAGCCUGAUAGCCACAUGGUUGGUCAAAGGAGGGCAGAGGUGGCACUUGGGGAAGUGACCCUGUGAGAGCUCAGGGUGAUGUCUGCUCUCACCUCUUAAGGCUUGGGUGUCUUGCCCAGCAUCCUGCCUACUCUCUAGUUGUCUGCACUUCUUUUUCUACUGUUAAUCAAUGCUUAGCAUUUACAGCCAGAGCUGGGGAUAGAGACACUGGGGCAGCAUGGCUAGCAGGAGAGCUGGGGAUGGGUCUCCCAGACCGGGUGGCCGCUUCAGCAAAGCACAAGUGUGGUGAGCCUGUGUCCUGGCAGUGUGGCAUCUUCUCAUAUUCUCUGUCCAGCGGAAGCUUGGGGUGGGUCUUCUCUGGUUCUCUCUUCUGGAUGUUUCCUGGUUGUUAAGUUUAGUCCCUGAUGUCUUUGUUUCCUCGGCCUCUGGGAUGAGAGAAAGCUGAGCAAGCUAGCUGGUUCUAGAUGGCUGGAGAGGGGGGAGGAAGGACCAGGGCCCCGAGGCCCAUCCACAUCACUUCCCCUGGAAGAUGCUCCCAGCAGUAGUGAGGGCUUAAGAGAGGCAGUUGAGCGAGUGGCACUUUAGAAUUUGGGGAAAGAAAGAUUUAACAUCUAGAAUUGAAAAAAACAUUUUCCUUCUCUGGGCAAAGUCUGAGACACUAGGGACAACUGGCCUUGCUUGUGGCCUGGGUAGAGGUGGUAGGAAUCACUUUGGCUUCCAUUUUCCCUAUGUGCCACCUCCCUGUCCCUAUGUGACUCGUGUGUGCUGGGAGCCGCUGACCCAGGACUGGGUGGGUGCAAACAAGGCCACUUGCAGUUAUCUUGGUUUGGCCCUUUCCUGAUGUCCCUUGUGGUGUCUCCAUACCUCUCAGAAUGCCUAGCAGUGGGCAUACUCCACGGUCCAAGAUAGUCCGUCCUUUCCCUUUCAAACUUCCCAUACGUUUUCCAAGCUGUUUUUCUCUCAGGACCAACAUUGCUCCAGAGAUUUUGCUUCUUAGAAAGGGGAAGUGGUUCUGUUGGCCUGCAGGAAUCAUUUCUAAGGUAUGGUUUUAGGCAGUGUGGCCUGGGGUAUUAAAGGAGACAUUAGGCUUCUCAGGACCCUGUAUGGUGACAGCCUGCUCACUAGGACAGGUGACAACAUUUUCCAGAAUUAGGAGAACUGGAGCACAUGUACUUUCCAUUGCAUAUGUGAUAAAUAUCAUAGAUGGGGCCCUCCUGACCCUUUCCCCAGAGUUUCCCAUUUGUAAUACAACUCUUUCCCAUGGUCUCUGCACUGAGCCAUGGGCUCAUGGCUCCAGCAUGGCCUGCAUGAUCUCAGGUCCCUGAGGACAACACCCCAACACCACCCACAUGGCUUUGGAGCUGUGUGGCUACUGCUCAACCUAAGUUUAUAAGCAUGACCUUGAAGGCAAGUUUAAGCAUGAAGGCAAGUAACCUUUUAGAAACUAAGAACAUUUAAGCCUUGUGCUAAAAAAUGUCCUUUUUCACUUGCCAGCCACAUCCUCUAUCCUCUGCUUAGCUAGAGUGAGAGUCCAUUAGUUUCUUUAUUGUUCCCACUGACAUCAUUGUCCACCCCUGAGAUAUCUUAACCCUGGUUGUGGAUUGGGAGAAGCACUUCCUUGGCGUCUUUUGAGAGCCAGCGUCAGAACCGAAGGCCUGCAGGCCCACACAGAUGGGAACACCUUGCCCUGGGAACAGAAGAGAGGCACAGGGUUCAUGUGUGCAGACUCAGUGGCUGCUCGGUCUUCUUCCCAGUGUUUCUUUUUCUUCAUACCAUGGCUGUGUGGUAGGGACAUGCUGCUUUUAGAGAACUGGUCACUUGUGUGCCCUCUUCUUGGUAGAAUUGAUUUAAAUUUACAUCCAGUAGGAUACCGGGAACCUGAUCAUGACCAAGUAUGCCUCAGAGUCAGGAAGUCUAGAUGGUGAUUGCAGGAGAAUCUGUCCCUCCGUCCCAAGGCUGGGAAAAGAAGCAGAAGCACAGCGGGUGGAGGCCAGAGGAACAGCCCAGUGCCCAUGCCUUUCUAGCCCUUGGUGUCUGAUCGCCCUGUCUCAAGUUCUGUUCUCUUUCCCUGUUGUAAACCAGAAUCAAAAGGAGCCAACAAACCUAUUAAGGUCAACCAGUCCCCACCCCACCCCCACGAUCAAAGCACCCAGGGCUCUGGCCUAGAGGGUGACAUCCCACUGACAGAAUCUAGCAGGCAGGAAUAUGUUUGAGGGUUAGGAGUUAACGUGGUUGACCAUAAAAAGUGGAUUAAGAGAAAAUGCCUGAUCCAGAAGCAGCUGCUGUUUUCCUAUGCUGAACCCGUUUCUUGUUUUCUCUUGACUAAAGUGGAUGGUUUCAUGACUCCUAAGUGGCCUCAUCAGAAAACCUAGAAAUGCCCCCUUCUGGCUCCCACCUUCACACAAAGCCGGAGAACAUGGGCCUGGGACCAAGGACCCUGGUCAGAGCAGCCAUAUCCCAUAUGCUGCCUGUGCAUAUGGGAUAUGGUCCUGGUCCUGGUCCACACGAUGCAGUUCACCUGAAGUAGGAUUGGAAAAGCCCUAAGACUCUUGACUUCUUGAAAAGAAGCCCCAGACUUCUUGGGGUCCCUUGGUCAUGGUGCCUUCCAGUUGUCCUUUUGCUGUCAUAGACCUACCCACCUGCCACAGAGAAAGCUGCUAAGCCCUGUGGCAUAGCUGUGUUUGGGGCCUGGGGGAAAGGCAAGGUCUGAGAUGCGGGUCUGAGCUUUGUGUUUAAAAGCAGAUUUGGAGGUUGGGGAGGGCAUAUCGGGCAAGCGGGGUCUGCUUUCUUUGACCUUUUCUGGCAAGCAGAUUGCACCAAAGCAAGAAUCUUGUCCUUGGAAUCUGGGGAUAAAGUUUAUGGAAAACAGUCUGGUUUCUAAGACCGUAUAAAGCUGGGUCUAGUCUAAAGACUGCAAGGGGAAACCAUGGGAGGCCCUGUUCUUGAUUCUGGGUACCCGGAGAGUGAUAAGGAAUGACACCAUGGCUCUGUUGACUGCCCUUUGGCACCAGCCUGGCUCCUUCGGGGAGCCCAGCACUUGCCCUUUCUGAACUCUUAAUGACUGGAGUCUGGCACAUGGAGUAUAAAAGUGCACACCCAUAGAUGCUGCAGUCCAUCAUCUAAGUGUGUCUGAGCUUUUUAGACCUUCACGGCCUGGCUGAGUGUGUGUAUAUGUGUCUAUGUCCGUGCAUGUGUGUGAUGUAGUUUAUAGUUACCAAUAUUGUGUAUAUAAUAGCUGACAUAUUUAUAUGUGAGUACAGAAUUGGUACCUGUGGCAGUCUUCUGUGUUUUAAACUUGUUGAAUCAACUUAGUUUUCCUUCCAGGGAAGGGGGUAUUCUGAAGUCAUUCUUUAGAACUAUUAGCUGUGGUUGGUGCCCUUUUCAAAUAAAUGUUAAUGUUGUCACCAUA